AUGAAGACGGUGGUGGUUCUGCUGCUUCUCUGUCUGUGCGAUCCAGGACGCAGCGACUGCCAGGCAGACUGUCUGUCCUGCAGCAACAUCCUGCCCAAACUGCUCAGCUUCAACACUAUGGAGUGUCUCUUUGAGUGCACAGAAACCGUUUCCCCUUCCUUCUCCUGGGACCUCUGUCAUAAAACACUUUCGUCACCCACUUUCUCCCUGGAUGGUAACAUGAGAAAAAGAUCUCAAGAAGAGGCUGAUGUUCUAUUUCCUGAGGAAAAGGAGCAGAUGGAAGGAGGCCUGCUUCUACCCAUUGCAUUACAGAGGCUGGACCUUGUGACCCGGUUGCUUGACCUUAACCAGAAGGGUUUGUCUGGCAGUCAACUGAGCACCGUCUAUGAUUCUCACAGUGCCCUUGAGAAUGAGUAUGAAGAUAAGGAUGAAGAACAGGAAGAUGACGAUGCUGAUGUGGGAGAAACAGAAGGGGAUGAUCCACAGCUGAGUGUUUUUAAGAGAUUUGGUGGCUUCAUUAAAGGAAGGCACGGUUACAGGAAACUUACAUCUUCAGGAAGGUCGUACCAGAAGAGAUAUGGUGGCUUCACUGGUAUUCGGAAGUCAGCACGCAAGUGGAACAACCAGAAACGUUUCAGCAAGUUUCUGAAGCAGUAUCUAGGGAUGACCACUCGGGCCAGAGAGUUCAACAACAUGUCAGGUGACCCCACCCAGCAGAACGAAGUUUAA